UUACUCGUCCGCAGGUUUCGCAUGGUUUAGUGAUUGUAAUAUAUUUCGUGGAGUUCAACUUCAAGGACUAGAAUCUUUCAGCAAGAAAUGGCUAGAACGGGUACCUGCCAUCUAUGAAAGUAUCAUCAAUAGGUUCCACCUCUGGCGUGCGCACGACCAUGAAAGCUUGCAUGGGCGUGGCUUGCGCGAACGCGCAGCGCCAAAAGGCAGCGCAGCACGAGUGCUGGCACGUGGCAGUGAUCGCCUGCCUACUGACCUGCCUCGCCUCGGCCCUGACUCGGUCAUCGGGUUUCCUGUACGUCGGCAUCAUGGAGCAAUACGACGCUGAUCACGCGGAGGCAUCGUGGCCCAUCGCCGUGGCAUCCGUGUUAAACAACAUGGCCGGGCUCGUGGCGGGACCUAUAUGCCAGAAGAUUGGCGCAGUCCCCGUCCUGCACGCAGGAUGCGUCAUCAUGUGGCUGUCGCUUAUCACCAGCAGCUUUUCCCGAAGCAUUACUGGACUGACAUUCACCAUGGGUGCCUUGUUUGGAAUUGGCUCUGGUGCCACGUUCAUUACACUGCACGUCUUAGUGAAUCAGCAUUUCAAGAAAUACAAAGGGCUUGCGCUCGGGAUCAUGUACACCGGCUGUACGGCCUCUGCCUUCAUUUUCCCUAGACUCCUGCUCUUCCUUGCCAAUGGCUACGGGUUUCGAGGAAGCAUGCUGAUAUACGGUGGUAUCACGAUGCACGCAACCGCCCUGGCCUUGCUGCUGAAGAAGCCAGACUCGACGCAGCAUAACAGUGAGCACGAAAAGCCCACGGAUGCAGAAAAGAAAGCAGGGAUCUUUACUGUUGAAAGAAAAGAGCGCAAUAAUUUAGAAACUCCUGGCGAAGAAGCAACCACCAACAAGACACCACCGGACCAUACUAAUUUAUUAUACGGUAUGACGGUGUUGAGGAGUCCCAUGCUCUACGUCAUUUUGUUCACGUACACUGUUUUGUACUUCAACUUUGGGGUGUUUAUGACAACUAUUGUGGACUUUGCUGUCGACCGGGGUUCUUCAGUCGCCAGCGCAGUGAACCUCGUGCCCCUCUUUUCUAUCACGGACACUGUAGGGCGACUGGGCCUUCCCGUGCUGGCAGACCGCGGAUACAUACGCCGCAGUACUCUGACAAUGCUCAACUAUUCGCUCAUGGCGGUCUGCAUGUUCGCGCUGCCUUUCUCUUCGUCGUACGCCACCCUUCUGGUCGUGUGCAUGUUCGUGGCACUGUUCCAGGGAUGCGGUAUUCCUCUGUAUCCCGCUCUCAUGGCCGAGUACAUCGGGCUUGAAAGGCUGCCUAUUGGCUACGGCAUCGUGGGAACAGUGGCGGGUCCAUUGUUCUUACUGAACCCACUAUUCAUUGGAUACUUCAGGGACAAGAGAGGUUCCUACGACGACAUGUAUAAGUUUCAAUCCUUAACCCUAAUUCUGCUUGGAGUCACCUGGAUGAUCGUCGUCUGUGCCGAAACGAGAAGAAAAGGAACUUGGACCCAAUGCCGCAACAACGGAGAGAACUUGCACAUCCUUUCCAGCUCUUCAUCUCUUCACUCCUCGGGAAAAUAUCAGUCGUUUUCGUGCUCGUAAACAUAAUUCUUUACAGCAAGCGG